GAAGAAGAAGAAGAAGAAGAAGAAGACGACGACGACGACUACUACUACUACUACUACUACUACUACUAAUAAUAAUAAUAAUAAUAAUACUAAUACUAAUACUAAUACUAAUACUAAUCAGUUGGGCACUAUUAGCAUCGUUAUCAACAACGUUAGUAACGUUAAAUGAUACAAACAUAAAUGCUGAACAAUGCGCAACACUGCCCACAAAGCAGACAAAAGAAACCAAAAGGAGAUAUGUCUGAAGGAGAUAUGUUUCAAAGCUGUCCGGAAAGAUUUUGCUGCACUGGGCAUUGAGGCUGUUAUUGAUCUUCCAACGCCUCUCAUUAAGGAUCUUCUUCCUCAUCUGACUGUAUGUCAACUGGAUGAGCUACAGCCUGCCCUAAAUCAGAGAGGGAUAUCAACUCAUUCAGGAUGGGUUGGAAUCCUACAGGACAUAUGUGGACCUAACCAUGUAAUAGGUUUUGACACAGAAGAAGAGGCCAAAGUUGAAGUUAUGAGAAUGCUUUUUACUGUUGUAUUCUAUGGCUUCACAAACAACUUUGUCAAAAGAAACAUCACAAAUUUAAACACCCCAUCCUUCCUGUGGGCUGCAGCUAAAUGUAUCAAACAUUUUUUACUCACUACGAGCAUACAUGAGCCCCUUCAAAGUUUAACUGCUGAGCAGCGGCCUCUUCUGAACCUCUUAGAGAAACGCAUCAGGAGUGUUGGUGUAUCGCAGUCCAUUGAUCUAUCAAAGAGGAAGACACAAACUGCGUUGUAUGUGCUCCAUCGCCUGCUCGAUCACGGGGUGGCUAAAGAACUCGUUGUACAUGUGCAGUGUCCCAUCAUGCUGGCCUGGCUCCUACAUGGAAGGGGAUCUCAGUAUGUAAACCCCGAGCUGAAGAACCUAAUGCAGAGCAAAAAGGCAAGCUGUAUUACACAAGCCGCUUCAGCCAGUGCAGACGGAGCCAGUUGCAGUCCAGGUCUUGAGACCAGGGCUUCAGAAGAUCAGGAUGAUGAAGUCACUCCAUGCAAACGCUCAAAGUUGGAUUCUGUGUCCGUGGAGGAGGAGGAGGAAUCUGGAAAAGCAAACUUUACUCUGGACCUGCAGGUUCUCUGUCAAACCUUAAGUCCAUGUGAUGGUCCCUCAGCUGGGGCUUGUCCAUGGGGACAGAUUGAUUGUCUGGAGAUCAGGCAGUGUGGGUCCGACUCCCUUCGAGUGCUGAACUCCGCCCUGCCCACAUUUUUCUGCCUUCGCUCUCUAACUCUUCACAGCAUUUCGAUCUUCAGGGACUUGGAUGUGCUGGGCCUGGCCAGAGCCCUGAAGCAGCUGUCUGAGAGCUCCCGCAGCUCCCUCACUGAUCUGAGCAUCAGCGUCCUGCCGUACACCAAGCUCAUGGAGGUUCUGCUAGACGCAUGCCCCAAUGUGACAUCCCUGCACGUGGAGGUCCAGACUGUGAUGUGGGGAAGCCGCUUCUCACCACAUCAUCCCAGGACUGCUGCGUCAGACAUGUCAGCAGAGCUGCCCCUGGAGAAGCUGACAGUCAAAGUAGCUGAGCUCCAAACUGAUCUGCACUUUGUCACAUCUGUGCUGAGACGCUCUCCACAUCUCACUUCACUUCACGUAGCCGGGAUGAGAUUACCAACUGGCUCCUCUCAAAGCCAACUCCUCACCACUCUAUCAGAGUCAAAUCACUUCUUGAGGAGUCUCAACUUGGAGGACUUGAAGUUAUCUGAUUGUCUCCCUGAGAUCCUAAAUCUACUGAGAGACUGCAAGUUGGAAGUGCUGCGGUUUAAUGACUGCCGCCUUCUUGAGAAGUGGAGUGACAAGGAGGAGAGUUUGCAGCAGCUGGUGGCUGCUCUGAAGACAGUGCCUUCUCUCCACACACUCAGCCUGGCUCAGAAUCGGCUAGCCAAGAAUGUGUGUGUGCUGGCAGAGCUGUUCUCAGGAUCAUCACCAAGCUCAGUGAAACGACUCGACAUCAGCUCCAACUUCAUUCAGCCUGCUGAGCUGCUGGAGUUCGCUAAGAGAUUGAGGACACAUUGUCCCCCACACCGAUUGACCCUUGACCUCAGGAAAAACCCAGGGGAUCGAGACUCCGACACAUGGAACACUGCACUGAAGGGGCUCCGUCCAUUCUGUGUUCCACUGGUUGAAGGAUGGAAAUCCACUGACUCAAUGGCAGACCACAUCAGCAAUAUGUGAACAAAGCUAGAGGAACAUCUAUGAGUAUAAAACACUUCCUGUAGGAGUGAACAGUGGCUGUAAAAAGUUAGUUCUUUAUGUGAAGUUUGUAAUUUUCUCAUUGACAGAGAAUAGUGACUGUGGUCAGUUUGAGUUCAGUUCAGAUAGUUGCAAAGGUUCCAAUGACAAAUUUUCACUGUUCAAGAAAACCCUCAAUGUCAUAAAAAACACACUUGCAUCUUGAGUCACUUCUCCACUGUCCAUUUGAUGCAAUAUUGUUCUAAACAGUCCUAUUUUUACCACGUCUAAAUACACAACCUCCGUUCUGUCUGAAUCGAGAUCUGUGGUGCAACAUGGAAGGAUCUGAGUGUAAUCUGUAGGAGUGGUUUUAUAAGUUCUGACAGACAUGUAUUGACAUUUUGUUGUACCAUAAUUAUAUUUAUGGUAGAGCAGACAUUAUUUUGCUUUGAAUUAGUUGUAUGACACAUUUCAUUAGUUCUAUGUGUAUGUUACAUUUAUUAAAUGUUAACAUUUAAUUUGUUCUCUUGUAUCCGAGUGCACAAGUGGCACAGUUGGAAAAUAAAAGAGCAUCCCGUGUUAGUUUGACAAUUGAAUAAUUUAUUAAACCAACGUCCGUUACACUUCCAGAGUCUUCCCUUGGACAGAGUGUGAGUGACAGUGGACUUUAAAAUACAACUGAAAAACCUGGAGGAUUGACAUUGAGGUGAAGAGCAGUUUCAUAGCAGCUGUCUCACACCUUCUCUUCAUUGUCAUUUUCUUUACAUUAGACGAACAGCAUCGACACCGAGUACCAUUUCAUCAUUAGUAGGAACCAAGUAGAAAAAACAGAUUAAAAAGAGCUUAAUCUUUUUCUUAGUGGAUUUUUAAAGCUAAAUACUGUAACACUUAUUUUCAGUAAAUUCAGUUUGUUUUUCCUUGUAUAUUCUCAUAUUUUAGUAAAUUCAAGUCGAAGAGAGUGAAGACCCGAUGUCUGCAUGCUAACUGGUUGAUUUGCUGGGUCUAUCUACAACCAUCUCUUACAUAAAACAAAGACACUCUCACAAACACACACCACAUACACACUGCCGCACUAUUUCAGUCUGGCCUGGCUAUCUCCAAGGCUUCUCAUUUACUAAGUGGUUUUACAGGAAAUAAAAUUUAAAUAUUUGUCUAUAUUCAUACCUCAUGAAGAAGUCAGUUGUCAAAUGAGGGCCCUUUUUUGUCUUUUCUCUAAGAAAUUAUUGGCUGUGAGAACAGAUGAGGUCACCUUCAUGCCAAAAACAUAUUCUGAUGAUCAUAAUAUGAAAACAUUUUAAGAUUUAAAACUGCCGUAGCAACCUAGCCUGUUGACGGCCGCAGAUAGCACGAGAUGUCACGUUCAGUGUCUCAGUUAGAGGAUGGGAAGAAAAUUGGACCCCAGUAUACUAACAAUACUUUCAAGUGUAGUUCAUACAUUGUAUCUUGUGAGUCAGUAAGCUAGACACCAAUUCAUCCAAGGGUCAUCUGGGUUUUGUAUGGAGUUGGGAUAGGAUUCAAACCUGGCAAUCCCACUACGAAGACAGAACUCGCUCUUGCGUGCAGUCACUGCGCCCGACUGAUCAAUUAACAGCUCCAGCUAACUGCUGCUCUACGUGUGUGAAAUAAGGUACAACCUGUAAAUAAAACAGCUUUGGAGUUAUCAGAAGGUGCAAUGUAGCAGUUUUGACAAAGCUAAGUUAUCACUUUCCCUGUGCUUUUUGCUUAGUGCUAAGCGAGGCUAAACACAUUCCAAACCUGUAUUUUUACUGGAACUGACCAUGGCUAAAGGCAUCAGUAUGCUUUCAACAAAGUGCUUGUCUGAUCGUCGAACAGUUCACCUUUCUGAGAUAGAGGGCCUGUGUCAACGUGUGACAAUCACGCCUCCUUUAGGCAGCUAUUGGCCAGAUGUGGGUAAGAAAGUAGGUGAGGUGGAAAUGUAGGCAGGAAUUGAACAUAUCUCUUGAGCGCUCAUUUUUCAUUCUUUCAAAAAUGUCAGAAAGUGUGUGCUGUUAUCCCUGUUUGUACAAUUCAUCUCGUCUCAUCCCUCCAUAUAAUGGCAGGCUUUUUGUCCCGCUCCUGAGUGUGGCCAUUCAGAACAGGUUUAUAACACUUUUGCCUUUAGACAAGUUUGGAUGACCCUUACUUUGACCAAGUUUGGCCUUAAGUCAGCAAACAAGUACAUUUCCCAGACUUGUUGUGAGCAGUUUCAUAUAGGAACGAUCGGUAGAAAUAAAAUAGUUCCUACAUGAACAAAUGACUCUGUGGAUUUUCAAGUAACUGGAUCACGAUUUCUGGAAAGAGACGUUGCUGUUGAGUUUUUCAAAUGUAUUUUUUUGGCUCCUUGAGCGCCACAAGCCGAGUGUCAUAUAGUUCCAUUAUAUUCUUCAGACAUCUCCAAUAUCUUCAAAACUCACAACUCACACCAAAACAAUCUAGAUGGAUAAACAGCACUUUAGGUAAGAGGAAAAAUAUGUAAUUUUGAUUUUGGGGUGAACUGGCCCUUUAACCUGUCUUGGAACUGCCUAAACCCUCUUAACAUUGUCAAAGUUUCACUUGCCUAAAUCUGGCAACUGUUAGCCAACGUUUUCAUGUGAAUAAAAAGAAAAGGAAAUCACA